CUGCGGCUAAAAUCCGGACGGGAGGAGGUCACGCCCACUAUAUCGUCGCUAUCGGAACCUGAUUGUUCCUUGAAACCGCACUUUUGUUUACCGCUCGAUGUAGGAAUUUCACGAUGCAAAAAGCAAUUCGUAAACAUAAUCGCGAAUGAUCGAGUGUUCGCCGUGUAAUGCGCUCUAUAAUAUAAAAAAAAAGGAUUUUGCUUCACGCGAAUGAUAGCGGAUUGGGUGAUGGGGUCCCCCAUGGACCGUCGCUUUUCGCUGCUUGGUAUUUUACUGACUUUUACAGUGCUUUCGCGUCCAGGACGCGGUCUGCGCCUGACAAAUAUGUCGGCGCCCACAGUGCAGGACCCACGGGCCGACAUGCUACUCCUUUGCCGUUUCGACAUGGGCGGCGAGGAACUAUACGCCGUCAAAUGGUAUAAAGACGACAACGAGUUUUUCCGUUACUCUCCCGGCUACGGGAACAAAUAUUCUCUAUUCCCGAUCCCGGGAGUUCACGUCGACAAAACGAAAUCCGCGUGCGAUCGGCACCGCUGCGACCUCACCCUCACGAACUUGACGCGGCCAGAGAGCGCGGGAGCGUACCGUUGCGAAAUAUCGAGCGAAGCGCCAUCUUUCCGGCUCGCCUCGCAAACUCGGAACAUUUCAGUAGCGGUGCUCCCGGAAGCCGCCCCGAAGAUUGAAAUUUCGCAAAACUCAUAUUUCCUGGGAGAUACCCUGACGGCCGUCUGCACGUCUGACUGGGGCGACCCCACACCAACGCUGACGUUUUACGCAAACGGAGAGGCCGUAGCGCCGAAGUACGUCAAAGAAUUGAAACCUCAGAUGCACUACGUCAACCACAGAAUCAAAUUGGUGAGGAACGUCAUCCAAAUGCGCGUACCGCUCGACAGGAGGGUGCUGAAAAAUCACACGACGUCGUUAGAUGUGGCGUGCGCGUCAACCUCGGACGUCGCCGGUUCGUCGCUUGCCUCCAACAAGUUCGUGAUGCUGAUGGACAAGAAUCAGCUGGUCAACAACGAAAAGUUGUACUCGGACAAGUCUCGGGCGCGAGCCUCGCAUUUUCUCGCCUCGUUCCGCUUGUGGAGCUGCGCGAUCAUUUAUUUCACGUACGCACAUUAAUAGAUAAUCCUUAACGGAUCCCCGAGCCCAUAUCAAUAGGAUAUAGUGUUAGAAAAUGUGAUCUUUUCUAUUUUAAUGAAGACUAAAAGGUGAUCAACGCGGUACACGCCGAAAGCGCCACCUUGGAGCCGAAGUCAAAACUCGUGCAUCUCGUUGGGAGUUUUCGCCGCCAAGCGUCGCGGUGCACAAUUCUGACAGGUGGAAAAAUUUAGGUUCCAAUUUUUUUCAGUGGUUAGGAAAUGCGGUUUUUAAAACUGACACGUUUAACCAUUUCAGUCAAAUGCCAAAGUUGAAUUACGAAACACGAUAUAUGUAUAUUUUUUGAUAUGUUAGUACUGAAUAUUUUCCGACGCUCUGGAUCUCCAGGAUAAUUUUGUAGGGUGUAACGACUGAAGACUUUCUAGUGCAUGGUUGUAUUAUAUAAACACUACUUUCCAAACUUUUCAUGUUUAUAUCAAGAGUGGUUUUAAAAUUAUUAGACCGACAUUUGUUGUCUCGGAAGGUCAGAAUAAAAAAAAACGUUGCUAAUAAUGUAUAAACUUGUAAAAAAAAUACUAUAUUUGUCUGCCAACGCUGUAUAAUAACAAUUAAGAGGUUAUUAAAAA